ACAGUUGGUUUAUCUUGACCGUGCCCUUCAGUGAUUGUGCCCUUGAUUAUGCGCAGAAGCGGUCAGAAGGUAGUCUAGGUCUGUAUGGAGAUGGAGCGUGCACACUACAGUUCCCGACAUCCCAUCUCGACAAUCGCUGUUCUCCUCGCAUGUUUACGCAUGAGGCGCUUCUGCAGUGAGCUACUGGAUAUUGAUGUGCUUUAAUGUGUCCCCACUCCUCUCCUCUUACCUCUCCUCCUUCUGCGCUCUGCCCAUAGAGACUCAGCGCGCUCAGAUGCACCUGGCGUUCUAGCGGUAGAAACAGCAGCGUGAGCGUCUCAAUGCAGGGGCAGCAAUAGCACCCCGAUGGCCACCAGCACAAGAGACUGCGCUAAGCAGACGACCAGCGCGCGCGUUCAUCUGUGCUUCUCAACCCCGAACCUCCUCUAGCGAAGAGAGAGGUGCCCAAAUCCGUUUUAGGAUAGCGCUUUUAUUUGUCCCUUUUUUUGUCCAUUCGAUGAAGAAGAACUGAUGACGAUGUAUCGGCGAUGGUGGAUUUCCCUUUUGUGCGUCUUUGGACUGAUGUGCCUCGUUCAUUCCAGCAAUCAUAUACCUCGAAAUGGAGACGCCUUGUCGCAGGCGAAGGCUGUUCGUGAUGCGAGCAGGUUCGCCUGGAAGGAGGACACGGUCCCUCUCCGUCUGCUCUACAGCAUGCACAACCACAGUCAAAUCACCCACGAUGUCAUCAGCACCAGGACUAGAGCCAGUUCCAGCCCCACACAGGGGAACCACGUGGCCCAAGCCAGCUUCCAGGUGGACGCGUUUGGUGAGCAGUUCAUCUUGGAUGUUGAACUGAACCAUGAUCUUCUGUCUUCAAAGUACGUGGAGAGGCAUAUUUCAGAAAAUGGGAAGGCUGUCAUAUUCAAAGGAGGAGAACAUUGUUAUUACCAGGGGGUAGUGCGGGACAUCCCUGAAUCCUUUGUGGCCCUCUCCACCUGCCACGGCCUGCAUGGGAUGUUCUUUGAUGGGAAUCACACCUACAUGAUCGAGCCUGGAGGAAAGGACCACAUCAGCGGUGAUGUCCAGAUCCACAUGAUCUAUAAAUCAGCAGGACAAGAGGCAGCAGCUUACUUCCUUCCUAUUGUUGACCUCCCUGAGCCUCCUUUCCCCAGCCCUCCAUUUCCUGGGUCAAAGGUCAUCCACAGGAGGAAGAAGAGACAGGCCCCGCGGGUUGGAGGCAGUGUAACCGAGGAGACCAAGUACAUCGAGCUGAUGGUGAUCAACGACCAUCUGAUGUAUAAAAAGCAUCGUCUCUCUGUUGGUCAGACGAAUAACUAUGCUAAGUCUGUGGUCAAUAUGGCUGAUAUGAUCUUCAAGGAGCAACUCAACACCCGCAUCGUGCUGGUUGCCAUGGAGACGUGGGCGGCUGACAACCGGUUCAACAUCGACGACGACCCCAUGAUGACCUUGAGGGAGUUCAUGAAGUACAGACGAGACUUCAUCAAGGAGAAGUGUGACUCUGUGCAUCUUUUCUCAGGGAACCGGUUCCAUAGCAGCUGGGGAGGAGCUUCCUAUAUGGGAGGAGUCUGUUCUCUAACUAAAGGAGGAGGAGUCAAUGAGUAUGGGAAGACAGAUGAGAUGGCCAUAACCCUGGCCCAGUCUCUGGGACAAAACAUUGGCAUCUUUUCUGACAAGAAGAGGAUCCUCAACGGCGAGUGCAAGUGUGAUGACCGUUGGUCUGGCUGCAUCAUGGAUGAUGUUGGCUUCUACCUGCCCAAGAGGUUCUCCAACUGCAAUGUGGAGGAGUACCACACCUUCCUCAACACUGGUGGUGGUGCCUGUCUCUUCAACAAACCCAUAAAGCUGGUUGACCCUCCAGAGUGUGGGAAUGGUUUGGUGGAGCCAGGGGAGGAGUGUGACUGUGGUAGCCCAGCGGAGUGCGAGAGGGAGGGAGAGAAGUGCUGUCAGAAGUGUACACUCACACAAGGCUCAAAGUGUAGCGACGGACUCUGCUGUAACAACUGUCAGAUGGAGUUUAUGGGCGUGGUGUGUAGGGAGGCAGUGAAUGACUGUGAUAUUCCAGAGAACUGCACUGGUAACUCCAGCCAGUGUCCCCCGAACGUGCACAAGAUGGACGGCUACUCAUGUGAAAAGGAACAGGGUCGUUGCUUCAACGGGAGGUGCAAGACCAAAGACAGACAGUGCAAGUACCUGUGGGGAGAGAAGGCGACCGCUGCUGAUAAGUUCUGUUAUGAGAAGUUGAAUAUCGAGGGGACAGAGAAGGGGAACUGUGGGAAGGACAAAGACACAUGGAUCCAAUGCAACAAGCAAGACGUGCAUUGUGGGUACCUGCUAUGUUCCAACAUAUCGCCGGCCCCCCGACUAGGAGAGUUGCAGGGGGGACUGACAUCCUUCUCUGUUGCACAGCACAGUGCCUCGCUGGACUGCAGUGGGGGUCAUGUGAUGAUAGACGGGGACAGUGACCUGGGCUAUGUGGAGGAUGGGACAGCCUGUGGGACAGAGAGGGUCUGCUUCAACCACAAGUGUCUGCCCCUUCAGGAGUUCAACUUCAGCACCUGCCCUGGAACCACCGAGAAGAGCAUCUGUUCUGGACACGGGAUUUGUAGUAACGAGCUGAAGUGUGUGUGUCACUUGGGUUGGACUGGAGACGAUUGUAACUCCACGUCUCCUCUCAGCUACCUGGUGGUUGGACCCACCGCCUCUGUAUCAGGUAUCACCAGUACUAACAUCAUCAUCGGGGCCAUCGCUGGCUCCAUUCUGUUCCUGGCUCUCAUCCUGGCCAUCACCGCCUGGGGAUACAAGAGCUACAGACAGCGGUGCUACGUUGAGUCAGAGGUUCACAGAAGAUUCUGCAGGCAAAUGCCUCCGGGUGACUAUGUGAAGAAACCCGGGGAUGCAGACUCGUUCUACAGUGACCUGGCCCCUGGGGUCAGCACCAACUCAGGCUGUAGCUCCAAGAAGAGGUCUGGCUGUCUGUCUAACCUGCAGAUAUACACGCUCUCUUUCCCCCCCUCCAUCGCCUCCAUCUCACAAAACAUCUCUCUGUUUGCAUUCAGGUCUAACGGUCUGUCCCACUCGUGGAGCGAGCGAAUCCCUGACGCCAAACACAUCUCUGACAUUUGUGAGAACGGACGACCCAGGAGCAACUCAUGGCAAGGAAAUCUGAGUGGAAAUCGCAAGAAGUCGAAAGGGAAGAAGUUCCGUCCUCGCUCCAACUCUACAGAGACGCUCUCCCCGGCGAAGUCGCCCACCUCCUCCACGGGGUCCAUUGCAUCCAGCCGGAGGUACCCUUACCCCAUGCCCCCCCUCCCCGACGACCAGAAGAAGGCCAACAGGCAGAGUGCCAGGCUGUGGGAGACUUCAAUAUAACACUCCUGUUAUCUACUCUGCAAAACUACUUAAGAACUACAUUUUCGUCCACUUUUCUAUGAAUUAAAAAGUACAAAGCAAAACAAAAUUGAAACAAAAUGACGAAAAAAGUGAGCAACUGGUGUGAGCGGAAAAUAGAAGCAGAGGAAGAUGAAGAGGAGGAAAGUGUGAGAGUGUGUGAGAAUGUGUGAGAGUGUGUGCGAGGUCCGUCAGACCUGACCUGCUCAGUAGGGGACGCUACAGGAGCCAUCUGUCAUUCCUACACUGACAAGCCAAGACAGAACGAGGCAAGACAAGAUCCCUUUCAGAUUAGUUGGAGAUCCACCAGAGAUCAGCCCUUCACUAAUUGGUGAGGAAAAAGCAAAGGUGUUGUGAUGGUAACAGUGCAGACAGAGAGGAGAGGCCUCGUUGUGGAUGUCUCCCCCACUCCCAACACCCCAACAUCCCCCCCAGCUUCCACCACACUCUUCUAGCUCCUCCCUCAAACCGUCCCACCAUACCUUACUCACCUCUCCCCCCAACCCCCCUCUGGCCCUGCCCCUAUGUAAACUCUCUCCUCUGAUUGGUGCUCCUCUCUGUUGAGGGGCACGGACAGCUAUCAUAUCGGCAGAUUUCUCUACCAUUUUGAAGCACGCUGUUUAAUUACUGUAGAAAACUCCAACACUGUAUGCAUGAGAACACCCUGUUAAUCAACUCUUCCUAGUGUCACAAAGAAGAAGAAGUCUGGGACGGACAGCAUGCGGGGGAUGGUGAUGUCAUACGUACUGUAGGCCUUUAAGCUUUCUUUACAUUAUAGGCUUCUUCUAUCUCUGUGAUCAGCGACUCAUUAUGAACUGUAUCACACAUUAUACUAGCCAACUGCCCCUGACAUGGACCCUAGACCCUAGACCUUAGCCCCUAGACCCUAGCCACUCCCUGUUCUCUUUCUUUCGCCGUGUCAGGUUUUCCUGGAGGAUUUGGUUAUCGUUGUAAAUAUGUACAGCUUAAAGGCAGAGUAAUGUGUGCUUUUCUUUUUUACUUACUGGGAGGCGAAUGAUGAAGGGAUGCUCCCCCUCUCCUCCUCCUGCUGUGGUUCGUGUUGUAGACAGACAGGGUCUCCGUAGGUCUUUGUAGAGACCCCGUACUUGUUUUUUCUGUCUGUUUCUCUCUUUUCAUUUCUGGCUGAACUCUCUCUCUUCUCUCCCGUGUGUCUGUGUGAACACUCCAGCUUUCGUUUUCUUCCACAGCAGAAUGUACAAACAGUGUUCUAUAUUUCCUCUUUGUGUCAUCCCUUUCUCUGAGUAAUGCACUCAGUCACAGCCCGUCAUAAUUAAGACAGUAAACUUAAGAAUGUCAUUGAUUUAUAACAUUAACUGAGCAUUUUAUCCAUUUGGAUAUUGAUAAUGAUGAAUAUAUUUUGAACUAAGAUAGUCCCAUGAGCCCUUCCUCGCUACAGAGGGGAGAGAACAAGUGUUAUUUUGUAGUUUUAGAUGUGAUAUUCAUGUUCAUUUGGUAAUGGUGAUUCAGAGAAGUUGGAGAAAUGUCCUGUGACUAUAAACAUUCCACACUACGGUCUGUCUGUAUAGCAGGGACAGACUGGCCAUCUGGCAUUUUGGGCAAAUGCAAGAUGGCCUGGUCCAUUUUUUACACAGUGGGUCUUACUUGUUUUUUAGGGGGGCAAAAUUAUAAUUAUCUUGCUAAUAAUGGGGGCCUCGAGGAAAGAAAUGGGCCGUUGUGUUUAAAAUGCCAGAGCCGAUUUCUGGUCCCAGUCCGCCCCUGGUGUACAGUGUGAGACCAGACAUAACAGAUAGAUACAACUGGAACCGACAACACCACUGAGAUCCAACUGGACGAUGUGGGAAUAACAAUGUGGAAACUGAACAUUGUGUCAGAUGAAUUUGGAAUUUGUUUGGAUAAAAUGAUUAAAAUGUGCAUUUUUGCUUUUGUUUUGUUUCCUACUGUAAGUUUGCCCUGCUGUCUGUAAAUGAUGAAGUGUCCUGUACAGUGCUUGCUGUUUGAGAUUUAUAAGACCAACAGAAUGACAAUGGAUCUACUAGCUAACACACUAUCGCUGUUCUCUGGUAAUCUGUCUGUGAGGCUGUAAUACGAAAUAAGCAUGACAUUGAAAUACUUUUUCCUUGAUUGCCAAUUGCUGUUAUCUUCUUGGAAUUUCAUACCAUAAACCCCAUAUCAGUAGUGAACAGGUUUUCAACAUAAUCAACCAGGUCUCAAACAUUUUCAUGAAUGGCCCGAGUAAUCUAGUGGUUUAAAUGUGGCUUAAGAUUCAGGUUCUUACCUACGCAGAGUAGGAUAAAGUGUCCCUAGUCACUGAUCCAAGGUCAGUUUUGUAUCUUACCCCCCUGAUGGUAAAUGUUGUGAAUUGGGGAGUGGAAAGCUGAUCUUAGAUCUGUGGCUAAAGGGAAACGUAUUUGUACAGAAGUCACAACCCCCAUCCUGUAGUUACUGUACUGUCCAUAUCAGUUAAGCCUGCUGUAUGUUAACUCCGUAUGCUUAAGUUUAAAAUGUGGGCACUGAUCGUUUUGAUUUUCUACUGUAUGCAUUAUGACUGCAAAGAUAUUAAGAUCACCACUAUAUCACAUUAAUAUUGCUACUGUAUGACAAGUCUCAAGUAUUUUUUUUAACUCUUAAGUACCUUUAUAUGUUCACUUCUCAGUGUUGUGUACAGCCGUUAUUCAGACAGACCAACUGCAUUAUUGUUCUUCUGUGCGUUGAGUGGAACGGAGAUAUGAUGCAGACAUUUUAGUUUUUUAAAGCACACAUUCGUCUUGGACUGCUCUGGCAUGUGAAGAUCUGUACGUGUCUUCUAUGUUAUGAGGAUGGGACGCAGCUAUGGCAACAUGGGGUGCAUUAUGCUAUAGGGAUCUGUGCAGGUGAGCUCAUGUUGACAAAAGCUCUCAUCACUCUUGUCUUAUUUCAAUUACGAUAUGAUUGGCUGGUGCUUAGUAACUUGAGUUUUGACCAAGGGAUUCCCUAGGCCGUGGUAAUAUGAAAAUAAAGGAUCAUACUUGUCAAGCAAUAUUUUAAAUAUCAUACUGUCUUAAUUCUGACAUCUAUGAUAAUUUAUCUGCAGGUCAUAGGAUUGAGGUAUAUUAGAUGUUAGGAUGGUGGCAGGUGGAACCUGUCCAGGUAACAAGAUGUAACUUGUCUGAUGUGUGUUAUCUGUAUUAGUGGCUUGACUGACGUAACCCAACCGGACCCACAGAGAAACGUCCAAACGCCACAAAGUAGGGACAGAUUCUUGAAUGUAUCAAUACAACCAAGCACCCAGCACCCAGCCAUAGCCUGUGGAGAAGUAGGUUAUAUCAGGCCUCUGAACGCACCAUGCAGUCUACUGAGGUAGGUUAUAUCAGGCCUCUGAACGCACCAUGCAGUCUACUGAGGUAGGUUAUAUCAGGCCUCUGAACGCACCAUGCAGUCUACUGAGAUGUAGGUUAUAUCAGGCCUCUGAAUGCACCAUGCAGUCUACUGAGAGGUAGGUUAUAUCAGGCCUCUGAACGCACCAUGCAGUCUACUGAGAUGUAGGUUAUAUCAGGCCUCUGAAUGCACCAUGCAGUCUACUGAGAUGUAGGUUAUAUCAGGCCUCUGAAUGCACCAUGCAGUCUACUGAGAUGUAGGUUAUAUCAGGCCUCUGAAUGCACCAUGCAGUCUGAGAUGUAGGUUAUAUCAGGCCUCUGAAUGAACCAUGCAGUCUGAGAUGUAGGUUAUAUCAGGCCUCUGAACGCACCAUGCAGUCUACUGAGAUGUAGGUUAUAUCAGGCCUCUGAAUGCACCAUGCAGUCUACUGAGAUGUUGGUUAUAUCAGGCCUCUGAACGCACCAUGCAGUCUACUGAGAGGUAGGUUAUAUCAAGCCUCUGAAUCCACCAUGCAGUCCCAUCCUGCUGCAGUAUGCUCCUACUGCGACCAUAACCUUCAUAUGUACCGCUACAAAAUGUAUAUAGUCGGUUCCCAAAUUAUUGCCACCCUGCAUGAGUAAUAAUGACUGUAAAAUAAAUAAUUCAAAUACUGACCUAAAUUGUAUGUAACAAAAAAAAUUGGGAAAUCAUAUUAUUUGAUAAUACUUUUGCUCAGAGAAAGAUCUACCUCAAAGGUUAGGGGUCAAAAUGAUUGAAACGCCAAAGGGUUCUUAUAAAGUAGUCAAAAGUUUCAUAUUCGGUCCCAUAUUCCUACAGCACACAAUGACCACACCAAGCUUGUGACUCUAAAAACUUGGAUGCAAAAAUGUGUGCUAGGAAUAUGGGACCAAAUAAACUUUUGACUGACUUUAUUUGUAAGAAUCUUUAGGGGUGUCAAUUUUGACAUUCCUUUUUGAGAUAAAUAAGUAUUACUUGUUAAACAAUCUUUCACUGAGCAACUGUAUUAGUAUAAAUCAAUCGUUUCCCCUGUUUAAAAAAAAUACAAUAUAGCUUAGUAUUUUAAUUAUUUUGCACAGUCAUUAUUGCUCAUCUUUAUGGAGGGUGUCAAUCAUUAAGACCCCACUGUAUAAUUACAGCACUUGUCUUUUACUGUAUGCUGUACAUAGACUGAUGAUGCAAAAAUCAAUGCCCAUAUUUGUUUUUCUUUUCUUACAAUAUCGUUCAGUAUUGUAAUAUAUUUAAUAUAAAAUAAAACUUUCAUCAAUA